CGCGGCGGAACGCGGCAACGCGCCAACGCGCCGUUUUUCCGCGUCGCGCCAUACCGUACGCCGGUUGCCCGUUUCUGCGACCGCGCGCACGAUCGUAUGUGCACGUAAUUCCGCGCAACCAGUUUUUUUUUUUGUACGCGCCGUUGUCGUUGACCAUCCUCGCGGGUCUUCACGCCGCUGCGAACUGCGAACACCACUUGGCAGUUAGCUGCGUUGUCGUGACGAUUUGUUUGUCGCACGUUGGCCGCCGAAAAGUUGUGUUGACGGUGUGCUCGUCGGCCAUCCAUCCACCAUCGUUGGCGCUCGCACGAAGCAUCAUAACCGCGACUCGCGCACACCGUAGACCGCAAGCGUUCGAGCAUCGAUUAUUCUCACCCCGCCGCCGUCAGGUCAAAUUUCAAUUUUAAGAUGAUUACGCUUAAAAACCUUGCUUAUAUGAGGUGCGAUGAUGAUGAAAAGGCAUUUUACGAUGAUCUGGGGACGUUAAAGAUCAGUAUUGAUAAUUGCUGCAAGUUAGUUCUUACUGACAUUACGAGAGAUCCUAAUUCCCAAGUUUCCGACGAAUUCGAUUGGCUGAGCAGAGAGGCCGCUUUCAGAGGACACCUUGAGUGUCUUAAGUACUCUCACGCCCGGGGCUUUCUUUUUGAUGACGAACUUUGUGGUUUAGCCGCAGCACACAGUAAUUUAGAAUGUCUGAUUUACGCGCACGAGAACGGCUGUCGGUUAGACGCGAUUACGUGCGGACAAGCUGCAUUCGGUGGUAGUGUUGAUUGUCUGCGGUAUGCCCGCGAGAACGGCGGUCAGUGGAAUGAGAUGACCUGCUAUUGGGCUGCACUUCAUGGUAACCUUGACUGUCUGAGGUAUGCCCACAAGAACGGCUGUCGGUGGGACGAGACGACAUGUGAAGUGGCUGCAUCUUGUGGUAAUCUAGAUUGCUUGAUUUUCGCCCACGAAAACGGCUGUCGGUGGGACAAAAGGACGUGCGAAGCGGCUGCAGGUUCUGGCUGGCUGGAUUGUUUACGGUACGCCCACGAGAACGGCUGUUCGUGGGACGAUACGACGUGCGAUGCGGCUGCACGCGGCGGUUCCCUUGAUUGUUUAAUGUACGCGUUCGAAAGCGGUUGUGGGUGGGACGAGGUGACGUGCCAAUUGGCAGCGCUUGAUGGCCACCUUCAUUGUUUGAUUUACGCGCAUGAAAACGGCUGUCGGUGGGACCGGAUGACGUGCGAGGCGGCUGCUACUAAUGGUCACCUUGACUGUUUGGUUUAUGCGCACGAGAACGGCUGUCGGUGGGACGAGACGACGUGCGAAGAAGCUGCAUCCGGUGGACAUAUCGAGUGUCUACGGUAUGCCCACGAAAACGGCUGUCCCUGGAACCGCCUGACGUAUGAGAGUGCCGCGUGCUAUGGCCGAUUCGAAAUCUUACGUUACGCCCACGAGAACGGUUGUCCCACGUCGGAGCGCGCUUGCGAAUACGCGGCGGGUUUAGGCGACCUGGACUGUUUGCGGUAUGCGCAUGAAAACGGCUGCCCGUGGACAGAAGAUACUUGCAUAGAAGCUGCCUGCUACGGUCACUUUGGCUGUCUGCUGUAUGCUAUCGAAAACGGCUGUCCGUUUACUGAACAAACGUACAUGGUGGCUGCAGCCAGCAAUAAUGAAGACUGCUUCCGAUAUGUCGAAAGCAAAUGCACGAUAUUCAUGAUAGAAUAUCAUGAACCCGUUGACGAAUGGGGAUUGCCAUUAUCUUUGGCUAAUACGCAACCACCGUCGUAGUUUUAUUAAGGGGAUCGGUGGCGGUGACGACUGUCUUUGUCUAACAC